AUGGGCAACAGCCUGCGGUGCUGCCUGGCCUGCGUGCUCCCCUGCGGCUCCUUCGACGUGAUCCGGAUCGUCCACCUCAGCGGCCACAUCGAGGAGUACACCCGCCCGGUCACCGCCGGCGAGGUCAUCGUGGCGCACCCUAACCACGUCCUCAGCAGGCCGUGCUCCCAGGGCGGCGCGCGGCGGAUCCUGAUCGUUGCCCCGGACUCGGAGCUGAAGCGAGGGUACUUCUACUUCCUGGUGCCGGCCUCGUCGGUGCCCGAGAAGAAGAGGAGGCCGCAGCAGAAAAAGGCGCGGUCGCUGAAGACGACCGCGCCGCCGAGCGCUGCUGUUGCUAAGGAGGCCAAGGACAAUGGUGACAGGUACCUGGCGGAGGUGCUGUCGGAGGGCAAGGCCAGCCUCAAGCGCCGCCGGAGCAGCCGUUCCACGGUGUGGCGGCCACACCUUCACAGCAUCCUGGAAGAGACUGCUAAUGACUCGUGA